AUGGCUGGUUUCCUUUUAGGUUUACUCAUCAUCGCCGGUGGUAAAACCUCUCUCUUUUAGACGCGCUGCUUCUUCGUCGCUUUCGGAAGUAGGAGAGCUAGGGUUUCUGGUGUGGAAGGGUCGGGGAACCGGGACGAUGGUGGUGGAUAAAGGGAAGAAGUCGAAGGUGGAGGAGGCCACCUCCGACCACAGUGACGGCGAGCUUGUCCUCUCUAUCGAGAGGCUUCAGGAGAUCCAAGACGAAAUCGAGAAGGUUAACGAGGAGGCAAGUGACAAGGUUUUGGAGGUGGAACAAAAAUAUAAUGAGAUACGCAGACCUAUCUAUGGGAAGAGGAAUGAGAUUGUUCGAUCUAUUCCAGAUUUCUGGUUAACUGCAUUUCUAAGUCAUCCAGUUAUUGCUGAUCUUCUAACCGAGGAAGACCAAAAGAUAUUAAAAUACUUGGUUUCCUUAGAUGUAGAGGAUUUUAAAGAUGUGAAGUCAGGCUACUCUAUUACCUUUAAUUUUUCCCCAAAUCCAUACUUUGAAGAUACAAGCUUGACAAAGACAUAUUCCUUCUUUGAUGAAGGAACUACGAAAAUAACAGGCACAACAAUAAAGUGGAAGGAAGGAAUGAAUAUUGCAAAUGGUGUUGCUCAUAAGAAAGGGGGUAAGAGACCAUUGUCUGAAGAAAGUUUCUUUUCCUGGUUCAGUGAGAUUCAACAAAAAAAUCUUGCUGAAGGAUUCUCUGAUGAGGUGGCUGAGAUCCUAAAGGAAGAUUUAUGGCCCAAUCCAUUGAAGUAUUUCAACAAUGAGGCUGAUGAUGAAGAUUUUGAGGGAGAUGAUGACGAGGAGGAGAAAGGAUCCGAGUUUGAAAAUGAGGAUGAAUCAGGAGACGAAGAUGAUGAAGCGGAUGACAGUUAAAAUUGAAAACAUCAAGCCAUGCUGAUCAUGCCGUGAGCUGACUGCAUUUGGUUGCAAAAUAUCCAGAACACGAGCGGAUGACCACCUUUUUUCCCCGCAGGCCUCGAAUUGUAUUAGGUUUAAAAUUAUUUGCUAUAGAUAGUUGCUGCAGAUGUAUGACCUGUAGAUUUUCUCGUGCAGAGCAUUUUGGAUUUGGUCAUCCAAAGACUUCAUGCCUGUUGCUCCUUUUACAAUCCUAGUGAACGUUUAUGGCGUAAAAAUUCUUCUGUUUUCUUCA